UUGGUCCAUUGAGGCUCUUUUUUCCAAUCUUUCUCACUCAGCCAAAGCAGCCGUGCCCCAUGCCCCCGCCACGCAUGGGUGCCAUGCGUGCCCUUCACUCGGUGCUGUUGGUGGUGCCGCUGCUGGCUACCGAACACUGUGAGCCCAACGCGGAUUGGCUGCUGCAGACGGCUGUGCAGCUGCAGACGGCCGCGAAUGGCCUGUACCACCAAGUGUUGCGCAACGAGGACGAUGCGAUCUACACGGCCAGCGUCCGCUGUGGGCAGCAGGAGCUCCGCGCCAUCCCGGACACGGGGAGCUCCGAACUGGUGGUCUUUGCCGAAGGCUGUAAGGGCUGCGGGGCAGCAGUGGAGACUGGCUACAAGCCUAGCACCAGCGUAGAGGUGGGGCAUUUGGUACAGCUCAUCACCUAUGGCAGUGGCUCCGUGCUGUGCCGCGAGGUCACUGACCUGCUGGAGAUUGGACCUCUCCAUGGACUGCAGGCCAUGUGGCUGGUGGAGCAGGCAGACAUGAGUAUCUUGCAACAGAGCAACUUCCAGGCCAUCAUGGGCCUGGGUCCCAUCGCCUUGGCCGAGACCUUACAGGAUCUCAGGAAGCUGCAUGAGAUUGCUGAAACUUUGGAGGCCCAUCACCUCAUGUCUCCCUUCUUGCGGCAUCGCCUUAAAGAACAACAGCAGGCGCAUUUGGAGCUUGCAUCUCUGAACGACAGUGUGCCGGCCACCCUGCACCUGCGCUUCCUGUCGGUUUGCCUCGAGCGUCCAGCAAACAGUCCAGGACACCUCAUUUGGCAUGACCUGGAUCCCACCCUCCGCAGCGAACCCUUUCGACGCCUCACGGUGGUGGGCAGCAUCUCCUGGGCUUUGCAGCUCAAAGACCUACGGCUCCGAGCUCCCAAUGGGACCAGUGUGCCGCUCGCGUGCUCGGAGGGCUGUGGUGCUUUGCUGGACACAGGCACCUCCUUGAUCAGCGCCCCGACCGCCCCGCGGGCGAAGCUGGCGCAGCUGCUGGAGGCCAUGGGGGCGAACUGCCUUGACCAGGAGACAUGGCCCAUCUUGGAGUUCCAACUGGGCGGUGAGCACUUGUCCUUGUCUGCGCAGGCCUUGCUGGGCAUGGUGAAGGGCUUGAUGCCACUGCCUUGGCGCUCCUCCUAUCAACAGCAUCCCUUCGUGGUGGUGGAAGCCUGUGAGCUCCUGGUGAUGGACACCGGUGACAUCAACACCGAGUGGGGGCCCCUGUGGAUCCUCGGCAUGCCCUUCUUCCGACAGUACUACACCACCUUCGACUAUGGGGCUCCCAAAUCUCACGCCGCCGGCCGUACGCCGCCGGCGGUCUGGGUGGCGGAAAGCACUGAGCAGUGUACGCCUCGUGCUGCGAGCACCCAUGUGCAACUGGUGCAGCACGGUCCAGUGCAGGUGGACUUGGCAAAGCUGAGGCUUCCUGAAUGGAUGGCCAACAGAGCCAAUCGCAGUCACAUCAAUCUUUGAUGAUGUCCGAGCCAAGUGUCGAUGCGCUUGGAUCAAGGUCUAGUCACCUUUUAGCUGGGCUCGCUUGAUGAAAAACUAGCCAAGGCA